AUGUAUCCAUUUUGUUUUUUUUUAUAUUGCUAACAUUUGAUAGGCCAUUUAAAAAAAAAAAAAAAAAAAAAGAAAAAGAAACAGCUGUAAUUGUUGUUGUUGUAAACAUUGUAAUUUAAAAGACAAUGUUGACAAUAUAAAGUUUACAUUUUGUAGAUGAAUAAUAUCUAUUUUAUUUAUUAUCAAAAUAAACUUUUAUCUGUUUUUUUUAAUUAUUUUUUUGGAGCCACAAAAAUAUCACUGAAGCAAGUAGAGUUUAAUGAGUUUUUAUUUUUCAUAUCAGGCAUAUAAAUACUUACAAUUUAACCUCAAGCAAUUAUCUAUUGCAUUUGUUAAUGUUUAUCAAUGGAUCAUAAUUCUGAUGAUGAAAGCCUGGAGCUUGGUUCCAAAUCAUGGAACAGAAUAUUUACUGCUGCAAUUAAAACAGGCUAUAGAGAAGGAGUAGAAGAAGGAUCAAGUACAGUACUUCAAUCAGACUUUGACAUUGGUUACGUAGAUGGUUUUAAAAUUGCAUUUAUCCUUGGAAAAUACAAAGCCAUUGCAAAUCUUUAUCUAAAAGACACUCAACAUCCUCAAGAAAUAAUUGAUAUAUUAAACACAACAAAACGAGGAGCAUGUUAUAUUUGUAAAUUGGAGCAAAAUUCUGAAAAUUUGGAUCCACAAGCUAUUGAACUUCAUAAAGAACACACUACCAAAAUUCUAAAUAAAUUGUACGAUUAUUUUUUACCUCUGUUAAAAAACAAAAAUAUUGAUCUAGCAAAAAUGAACAUAGAAAAAAAUAUAUAACAUAAAUAAUAGUUAUGAAUUAUUUUAUUGAACUUACAAAGACACACGUUAUUUAAAAAAAAAAAAAAAAAUGUAAAAAAAAAAACCAG